CCCUAUAAGGCAACCAAUUACCUAAUUAAUAGCAAAAGGAUUCUAGAAAAAGAGAAAAUGCCCAAGGUUAUCUCUCGAAGUAUCGUGGUCACAGACACCAAAGAUAAGGAAGAGUACAAGGGAGACGCUCCACUAUAUGUCUACAACUGUGUGUGUGGACACCUAGCAUUGAUUAUAGACUCCACGCUAGACAAGCUUCCACUGAGGAAGAAGGAUGGUGCUAGAGUUGUCGAUGUCAGUAAGAAUGCCAACCGAGUCUACUGCACUCCUUCGGGUGUCACAUACUUGAAAAGGGAGGGUGGUAUUGAGCGGCAAUAUCGGCAUAAAUGCAAGAAGUGUAGUCUACAGCUCUACUAUCGCCAUGUGAACACUGAUGAGAAGGUGACAUUCAUUUUCCCUGAUGUGCUGGUGCAAUCUGGUGAGAAACCAAUCACCGCAGAGAAACCAAAGGAGUUGGAUGCGGCAGCCAUCCUUAGGAAGAAGCGUGUGAUGAUGACAAGACACACUCACGAUGCGGGCAAGUACAGCACUGUCACUGUGUCCACUGUGGACGAAGAGGAGGAUGAAAUUGAGGCGCGUGAAAUUGCUAGCUCGUAUGAAAGCAAUGCCGGGCUGGUGCAUAAGCAAGUCCUGUUCACUGACGAAGGAAGAAAGAGAUAUGCAGAGCAGAGAGCAAUUGAGCAGCAUAUUCGGUCAAAGAAGCAGAAAGGAACUCUCAUUGAUAAAAUCACAUAGAACAAAGAACAAAUUUAAUAUAAUUAUACUACCUUCAAUUUGUGUACUCAUAAUUAUGACUCUCACUUAUAAUAAUCAUGUAUUAAUUUUAGCCAAAAAGUAAGUUUUGGACGGAGAGUAGUCUGAAUUGAGUUGUGAUACCAUGGUAACACCUUGCUUAUUGGACUCCAUUGCUGGCCAUGUGCCCUUUCAA